AUGCAGCAGAGAAGAUCAGCGUCAGGGAGGCCUACUGGAACGGAUGGCUCAGAUUUCAACUACCGCAUGGUCGUUGACUCUCGUUACCAGAAGGUAGCUAAAGGAAAAUCUCGUCUCUCCGCGCUUAUUCUCAUUCAGGCUGUCAUUCAAUUGAUAGGAGUCCUACAUACAUUUCUAUUUACAUCAAAUGGGGAAGGUCCCAAUGUGAUUGCUAUUUCAUCUGUUGCUAUUGGUUCUAUUUCGUUGAUCAUUGGGGAGUUAGGUCGAAGGCGCAGCCGAGUGAGUUUGUUGAAAGUUUACAUUGUUGCAUCAUCUAUUGGAAUACUUCUCUCCAUUGCUUGUGUUGCUAUAGGAAAUUUAACAUUAGAGGUUUUCCAAAAUCCAAGUAACUGGGAAACAAAGAAGUUCGAACUUCUCGAGGCCACCCGCACUGCAAUUGCGUUCCUGGUACAAAUAUUUACCGUCAGCACAACUACUUCUCUCAUCAGUAACAUGUCUCCUCCAAAAAGGGCCUCUUAG